AUGAGGACGGAGGAGAAAGGGUCAGAGGGCAUCUUGGGGCACAUCAGCACGGAGAGUGAGAGAGAAAAGUGGAGCCAUAAACGGGAGUACAUCCUGGCAUCGGCCGGAAACAUGGUGGGCCUUGGCAACGUCUGGAGGUUCCCCUAUCUGUGCUACAAGAAUGGAGGAGGGGUGUUCCUGGUGCCUUACUGUUUCUUCGCGGUGCUCUGUGGGGUGCCCCUCUUUAUGCUGGAGACUGUGAUUGGUCAGUACUGUCAGCAAGGGGCAGUAACAUGCUGGCUCCGCCUCUGCCCGCUCUUCCAGGGCACAGGCUACUCCAUCUUAAUGAUCCAGAUGUUCUCACGAGCAUACAUCAUCAUCUUGGCCUGGGCGCUCCUCUACCUCAUCUACAGCUUCAGAAUCGUGCUGCCCUGGGCGUCCUGCAACAACCCCUGGAACACAGACAGGUGCGUGGAUCUCUCCUCCAUGAACGGGACCACCCCACUCAACCAGAGCCUGGCUAAUGCCUCCACGUCGUCUGUAUCUGAGUUCUGGGAGAGGGGGGUGCUGUCCCUGUCCCAGGACAUCCAGGAGAUAGGGCAGGUGCAGUGGCAGGUGCUCCUGUCUCUCUUCGUCUGCUGGGUGGUCUGCUACUUCUGUGUCUGGAAAGGAGUGCGCUCCACUGGGAAGGUGGUCUAUGUCACAGCUGUGUUCCCGUAUGUGAUGUUGGCUGUGCUGCUGGUGCGAGGCCUGACGCUGCCUGGAGCCUGGGAUGGAGUGGUCUUCUACCUGUACCCCGAGCCCUCCCGCCUGGCCGACCUGGAGGUGUGGCUGGACGCCUGCUCUCAGGUCAUGUUCUCCUACGGAGUGGCCUCAGGGACUUUGAUUACACUGAGCAGCUACAACAAAAAGAGAAACAACUGCUACAAGGACAGUCUGUGGCUCUGUGCCCUCAACAGUGGCACCAGUUUUUUGGCUGGGUUCGCUGUCUUCUCCACUUUGGGCUUCAUGGCCAAACAGCAGGGGGUGACUGUGGACAUGGUGGUCAGCUCAGGUGUUGGUCUGGCCUUCAUCGCCUUCCCUCAGGCUGUGGCCCUCAUGCCUCUGCCUCAGCUGUGGGCUGUGUGCUUCUUCAUCAUGCUCCUCAUGCUGGGCCUGGACACUGUGUUCGCAGGGCUGGAGACCAUCACUGCCUCCAUCAUUGACCUGUUCCCUCGGCAGCUGAAGGGACCGUGGAGAAGGGAGAUCUUCCUCACCAUCUUCUGCCUCUUCUGCUUCGUCAUGCAGAUCCCCAUGACCGCCUCGGCAGGACUCUACCUGUUCCAGCUCAUCGAUUACUAUGGGGCAUCUGGGACUAUCAUGUUGUUUGUAUCUGUGAUCCAUUGUGUAGCAGCCAGCUGGGCGUUCGGGGCAGGUCGGCUUUGUGAGGAAGUGAAAGCCAUGACUGGACAGAGAAUCCCGUCCCUGUUCACAGUGUGCUGGAAGUACAUCACUCCUCUGCUCUAUACGGUGUUCCUGGUCUGCUCCUUCCUGAUCACAGAGCCCCUGACCUCCAGAGAUGGUGCUCUGUUCCCAGACUGGGUUUAUGGUCUGGGAUGGGCUAUGGCCCUGUCUGGUAUUGUCCCAAUUCCCCUUUGGGCCAUCAUCAAGAUCUGCCUCUCCAAGGAGCCCAUGCAGGAGCGCCUGCGUGUUCUGUGGACCCCGGCAGAGGAGGAGAGGCCAAAGUCCUCAGUGAAAACAUCCAUGUUCUGA